GUUCUGGCCCCUGGGGUUAUAUCCUAUUGUCUCAGCUUGCUAUUGAGCACCUUCCACGAAAACUGGAGUUAUUCUGGCUUAUCAGAGCAGCUCGAACGGACCUUUCGGCACAAUCCGACAGCCAUUUCACUCACAAGGGGAGAGUUAGCGGCACAGUGAUUUCUAGGAAGAAUUAGGACAUUGCCGAGGAAUAGUGCCACCGGCGAAGGUGACUUCCAUGAGUGAGGUCACCAUCGAAAUGGGUUUUUGUCACAGAAAGGAUUGUGAUGGAUGUUAUGACUCGGAGGAAGGAGUGGUCUGCAGGUUGAUAAAGUGUUUUGACCAAGGCAAUAUGGUGAUGUGAGUCGAUUUCCACUAGCCAGUUUGAACCUGUUCGUCUUCUUCUUCUCCCUUCCUUCCUGUUUGACUGUGUUCGAGAGGGUUGAGCUUCUUUUGUUGCUGUUGUUGUUGGAUUGCUGGAAGAAGAUCUCCGGGCGACAAGAGAUACGCUCGUUCCAUGGACUUGUUUUCUUCCAUGUGUUCGCUUGUUUGGGUUCACAUCCUUCUUGUCUCCAUCUCUCUCCAUCUUCCUCAUCAGCAACAACCCCAGCCCAUCCAGCCCCAUCGACCUCAUACAUAGUCCUCCCAAGCAGUCAAAAACCACUCAACCUUUCAACCUCAACCAUCUCAAUCAAACCCAUCACCAUACCUCGACUCUUCUUUAGAACCAAGCCAUGCCUGCAGCCUCGUCUCAUCAGCUCUCGACCCUCGAAGGUUUCGCCUCUGGUGCACUCGGUGCUUGCGUGGCCGUAACAUUUACGAACCCGAUGGAAGUAGCCAAGACCAGAUUACAACUAGAUGGGGAACUGAGAUCGAAGGGCAGUCCGAAAGCGUACACGAACACAUUUGAUGUCCUGACGAAAACGGCUAAGAGUGAAGGUCUCCGGGCAUGUCAGAAAGGUCUUGGCGCUGCUUAUACAUACCAGUUCGCUUUAAACGGAUCUCGCUUAGGAUUUUAUGAGCCACUACGACGGUCGAUCGGAUCGCUUUCUGGACAAGAUCCAUCCAGGGUUCAACUAUGGUCAUCCGUCUCAGCUGGUGCAUUAUCAGGCGUGAUCGGUGCGAUCCUCGGCAACCCGUUAUUCCUCGUCAAAGCUCGUAUGCAGGCAUAUUCAUCGGUCCGGGAUUCAUCGGCGGGGAAGCUUAUGACGGCCUCAAAAGCCGGUUCAAUGAGCUCUUCAACCAAGCCCAGUCUGUCGCCUCACCCCACCCAACAUGCAUACAAAUCCGCCCUAGACGGACUCCACCAGAUCUUCAAAGCAGAGGGCUUCAAGGGCCUCAUGCGCGGCGUGGAUGCCGCAAUGAUGAGGACAGCCAUGGGCAGCUCCGUCCAGCUCCCCGCUUACAACUAUGCCAAAACCAAUCUGGCCCCCUACUUCUCACCCGACUCGUUUUGGCUCUACAUCGCCUCCAGCUCUUUCAGUGGGCUUUGCGUCUUAACAGCUAUGCAACCAGCAGACACUGCACUAACAAGAAUGUACAACCAGUCCAACCAACCUGGGAAAAGAUUGUACAAGAACCCAGUAGAUUGUCUAUGGAAGACGGUCCAAAUCGAAGGCUUUACUGGCCUCUACAAGGGAUCAACCGCGCACUUUUUCAGAAUUGCACCGCAUACCAUCAUCACCUUAGUGGCCAACGAAGCGAUCAGCCAAUGGUGGUGUACAAAGAUGUCGAGAUGACAGACGACAAGACAAGUGCUGAUCAUGGACACUGGAUGUAUUACUGAUGAUAGAACCUUUUUUUUUCAAAAAAAAAAAA